GAAACAGGAAGCUGUGUUCCUUCCUACCUUACUAAUGUCGCUGGUGGUAUCAGAUGGUAUCUCCGUUUCAUGAGUAGCAAGACCUAAGCUAUCACUGGACGCAUAAAGGACUUUGCUAAAUUGGCAGAGCCAAGGGAAAUGGCGACCUCAGUCGAUGGGACUGAGACUGUGGGUGAAGCUGCUGGGACCACACCCUAUGACUAUGAGGGGGCACUGCCAUGUGAAAAAAGCAACAUCAAGGAGCUGGGGGCUCAGUUCCUGCCCCCACUGUAUUCGCUGGUGUUCACGGUUGGUCUGCUGGGCAAUGUAGUGGUGGUGGUGAUCCUCACAAAAUACAACAAGCUCCGGAUUAUGACCAACAUCUACCUGCUCAAUCUGGCCAUUUCCGACUUGCUCUUCUUAUUCACUCUGCCGUUCUGGAUUCACUAUGUUGGGUGGAAUGAGUGGGUUUUUGGCCACCAUAUGUGUAAGUUGCUCUCUGGGCUCUAUUACAUGGGCUUGUACAGUGAGAUCUUCUUCAUCAUACUCCUGACCAUAGACCGGUAUCUGGCCAUCGUGCACGCCGUGUUUGCCCUUCGAGCCCGGACGACCACUUUUGGUAUCAUCACCAGCAUCUUCACCUGGGUCCUGGCAGGGUUAGCAGCCCUCCCUGAAUUUAUCUUCCAUGAGUCCCAAGAGGAGUUUGAACAGACUUUCUGCAGCCCUCUUUACCCAAAGAAUGGAGAGAAUGCCUGGAAGUGUUUCCAUGCUCUGAGGUUGAAUAUCCUGGGUCUCGCUCUGCCUCUGCUCAUUAUGGCCAUCUGCUACUCAGGAAUCAUUAAAACGCUGCUGAGAUGCCCCAGUAAAAAAAAAUACAAGGCCAUCCGGCUCAUUUUUGUCAUCAUGGUGGUCUUCUUUAUUUUCUGGACACCCUACAAUCUGGUUGUCCUCCUCUCAACUUUUCAAGUGCACCUGGAGACUGAGUGUGAGCAGAGCAGACAGCUGGACCUGGCCAUGCUGGUGACGGAGGUGAUCGCCUACACCCACUGCUGUGUCAACCCCGUGAUCUACGCCUUCGUUGGUGAGAGGUUCCAAAAGCACCUCCGCCACUUUUUCUACAGGCAUGUGGCCAUCUACAUGGGCAAAUUCAUCCCAUUUCUUCCUAGUGAAAAACUGGAAAGAGCCAGCUCUGUCUCCCCGUCAACAGGAGAGCAGGAACUCUCUGCUGUAUUUUAGGUCAGAUGCAGAACAUUGCCUAAAGAAGAUGGAUGGGGCAGAUGAAGCAAACACAUCAACCUCUGCACCAGUCCUCUGAACUUCCAGCGCAACACUGAAGUUCUUAAAGACAUUAAAAUAUAUACCCAAUGGUAGCAGUCUAUCUAUGCACCCCAGAGGCAUUACCAAAGGUCAGCAGCUGGGCAGUGACUUAUUGUCAAACCUGAGAAGUAGAGCUUUGCUUGAUUCUUUCAAGAGUUACAUAUAUUUUAAUGCACCUGAAUGUUACACAGUUACUAUGUGCAGCUACACACAGGUAAAGCUUUUCAUAUCUUAAACCUUAACUUCAGCCAGUUAUUGAUAUAAAUGAAACAUACUUCACAAAAUACAAUAAAUCAAUUACAUUAUCUCUUAA